UUCACAAGCGAAGGGAAAAUGUGAGAGGAGAAGAGCGCGUAGAUAGGUGCGAGAAGGAAUUAUACAUACAACAAGCUAUUUGUAUGUUGCUGCUAUGAAUGUGGACUGUGUUUGCGUGUGAUCAGACCCUCCAGAAGUGUAUGCCGAAUUACUUGGGCUGAACCAACAAAACCAGACAUUUGACUUGUCAGUUUGUUGUGGAUGCCCAGAGAUCAGUUGGACUGCAGAGAUCAGUUGGACAAGUACAUCUAUAACGUCCUGCACAAAGAGGGGAUGCGGAGUGAAACAUUAACAUGGCCUUUUCUUAUUCAUUGCAUUUGGCUUGGAGUGAUGGGAGUUGAUGCCUCGUCGUGGACUGCUGAGGUGCCCAGCUCAGUAUCCGGCCUGCAGGGCUCAUGCAUCGUGAUUCCCUGCUCAUUCAACUACCCAGAACCAGAGAAGAAGUCCUCCAAAAUAACUGSCAUCUGGUUCAAAGACACACAUGAGGUUAUAUACSACCCAGACAGCUCCAYRAUCAUCAAAGACUACAGGGGUCGUACAGAGCUGGUGGGAGAUCUCCGGCAGAAGAACUGCUCUCUCAGAAUCGACCCCCUCCAUCACAGUGACAAAGGACCCUUUCAUUUCAGGAUUGAAAUGGAAGACUAUAACAAGUAUUCAUACAAAGAGGACACGGUCUCCAUUGCAGUGAGCAGCUCUCCAGACCCCCCCUCUCUGUCAGUGAUGGAGGAGGUGAAGUUGGGGGUGGAGCUGUCUGCCUCCUGCUCUGUGUCUCACUCCUGCCCAUCUGAUUCCCCUUUCCUCACCUGGAGCCACUCCGGAACACCCAGUGUCCAAUCACAGCAGCUGACCAACGGCCAGUGGAAAGUGUCAUCAUCCCUGACCUUUACCCCCAGCAUCACUGAUCACAACCAGUCUCUGGUCUGCACAGCAGCAUACAGGGGAGGGAAGACAGUGAAAAGUUCCAAAACUCUCAAUGUCAAAUAUGCCCCAGUGGAUGUGAAGGUUGAGGGAGUGUCCAGUGUGAAGGAAGGAGACUCUGUAGAGCUGAGAUGCUCCAGUGACAGUAACCCUGCAGCCCACAGCUACAGAUGGCACAACAGCAGAGGACCUCUGCCCACCACGGGACCUACCAUCACACUGGAGAAUGUGACCAGACUCACUGAAGCCCUCUACUGCACUGACAUCAACACAGAGGGACAAGGCCACUCCAGCUCACUGAAGCUCAAUGUAGAGUACCCCCCUGAGAUCAAAGUGGGCUCUGCCUGCACUUCAGACAUCUCCAUGGUGACCUGUCUGUGCAUUGUGGAUUCGGAGCCCACCGCCACUGUGGAGUGGUCUCUUCCGGCUGGACCCCUGCCCACCUUGCCCAGACACUAG